AUGAAAAUCUUUCCUUUCUCCUCAACUCCAGAGAACUACCCAGAUCAGCAUAACCAAACACAGCUCAGUGAUAUCACAGACGAACAGUUCAAUGCUGAAUGGCAAAAUCACACUUACCAGUGGUACCAUCGUGUUUAUCAAGCCAUUUGCUUCCUUUUAUUCUUGGGUCCGAUCAGAUUAGUCAUAGGCGUUGGCGGAUUUGCCCUUAUGAACUUAUUUGUCAUCUAUGGCCGUAUGAUUCAGCUCAAAUUAACAAAUAACAAUCGCAAGUUCAUGAAGAAAUUCUUCUACUACUGCUUACAAGUCUCUGUCAGACUUGUUUCGUUCGCUUUCGGCCAUAUGAAGAUCAGAAUCCAUGGAAAAGCCGAUCCAGACACCAGAAUCAUCAUUUCCAACCACAGUGCAUACCAUGACCCAUUCAUUGUUUCAUAUUGCAUCCACUGCAGUGUUGUUUGCAAGUGGGAAAUUGGCCAAUCCAUCUUAAAAUACAUGUUAGAUCCAUUAGAUCCAAUAUAUGUCCGUAGAGAUCAGAGUGGCGGCCAAUCAAAGCUUAUUGUUGAACAAGCCGAUAACAAGGAACUCCUUCCUGUCCUCAUUUUCCCAGAAGGAACAACACAUAAAGGAGAUUAUCUCUUUAAGUUCCACAGAAGCGCUUUCAUCACACAGCACAAGGUUCAACCAGUCCUCAUCAGAUAUAACCAGCCAUUUGUUCCAAGAGGAUGGAACUCCUACGGCUGGACUCAGACAAAUACCCUCGAAUACUUCUUCAUGUGCCUCGCUAUGCCAUUAAACUUCGUCGACGUUACAUUCCUCCCAGCUAUGACACUGGCUGAGAACGAAAACUCCCCAGAUAAGUUCGCUGAAAACGCAGAACUUCUUGUCGCUAAUUUCUUCGGAAUCAAGGCAACAACACGCUCAAACGAUGAAAUCUUUAAGCACAAGAAAGCACAAAAGGCCGCACAACAGCAAAAUACUCAAAAUAACCAGGAACAGCCAAAGCCUGAAGAAAAUCACGAAAAAGUCAACUAA